CCGGCCUCCGACGAAUCCGUCCUCUAUCUCGCCUACGGCUCGAACCUGAACUCGCAAACCUUCCUCGGCAUGCGGGGCAUCCGCCCUCUCUCGCAGACGAACGUCGUCGUCCCCAGUCUGUGGCUCACCUUCGAUCUCCCGGGCAUACCGUACGCGGAGCCGUGUUUCGCGGCGACGAGAUACCGUCGGGACCCCUCCCUCCCCCUCCUCACCACCACCACCACCACCCACAAUUCUCCCACAGGAGGAGAACCAGACUACAGCCCGCGCAUGCCGCUCGUCGGCGUCGUCUACGAAGUCACCCUCUCCGACUACGCGCGCAUCAUCGCCACCGAAGGCGGCGGCCGCGGCUACAUCGACACCGUGAUCGACUGCUACGCCUUCCCCACGAACUACAACCCCCAAACGGACCCGGUCCCCGAACACCCCGGCACCGUGCCCUUCCAAGCUCACACGUUACUGUCCCCUGGUGCUGCCGCCGCCAUCACCACAACCGCAACCACAACCCCAGCACCCAAAACCAAAACUCCCACCCGCCCCAACCCCUUCUACGCCCAGCCCUCAGCGCGCUACCUGGGCCUCAUCCGCGCCGGCGCCGCCGAGCACAACCUGCCCCGCGCGUACCGCGCCUAUCUGGCCGGCAUCCGGCCGUACCGGAUCACGACGCUGCGGCAGCGGGCCGGGCAUGUCGCGUUCCUGGCGGCGUGGGGGCCCGUGUUGAUGGGGCUGAUCGGGCUGGGGCGCGCGCUGGCCGGUCCGGAUGGGCGGCAUCCUGGGUGGUUGGUGCGGGCGCAGGACGCGGUGUUUGGGGCGAUGUGGCGGUCGUAUGAUUCGUUUUUUGUGGGGGUGUUUGGGGAUGGGGAGCGGACGGUUGGG